AAAAAAACUACAGCAUCUUAUUGAAAUAGACUUCAAAGCACCACCAUACAUAAAAAUUAAACAACUAAACACUUUCAACAAUUGACUACAAGUAAGUAACAAAAUAUUUAGGUAGCAAGCUUGACAAGCACUACCAAGACAAAAAUUCAAAAUCUUCCUUUUCAGAGCUUAAUUAAGACUUAUGUUACAGUUCUAUGUCUAGAUUUAUAGUAUUUUAAGUAACAUCUUAAAAAAGAAAAAAUAGUGUGUGCCAUUAUAGAACCAUAUUGAACAAAGAUUUUUCUCACCUUGAUUCUUUGUCCAGUGGAAUAUCAUCAUCCUCGCUUGAAUCGUUGAAUUUCUCCUUUUUUUCUCAACCUAGUGAAUCGAAUUUAAGGUAUCUUGUCCUCUUAUAUAUUUUUCGUUCAACAAUUUCCAUUUGAAGUGUUAGAAAUGUCUUUCUGAUUCUUAUCAUACCAUGGCUUCUUUAACGUUUUCUUACAGGUAUAUGCUUCUCUGGUUUUUCAUCGUUUGGACUCCUAUUGCCUAUAAGUAUUUCUACAAAUCACCCCUUACUCUUACUGUUGACUAUGAGCCUUUACAUUUGGUAAAGCAUGACCUGCCAACGGUAGAUUCUACUUUAAACGACAUAGAACCGGCCCUCAUGAAUGCUACCUUGUUUAUGCUCUGCCGCAAUAAAGAUCUUAUCGCUGCUCUUAGUUCUAUCCAAAACGUUGAGGAUCGAUUCAAUAAACGAUAUCAUUAUCCCUGGACAUUCAUGAAUGAUGCACCAUUUUCCAAGGAAUUUAUCAAUGCUACUACCGAAAUGGCUAGCAGCAACACUACAUAUGUACAACUUGAACAACAUGAAUGGGGUCUACCUAAGAAUCUUAACAUGAAUCGUGCAUUACAAACAAUCCGCGACAUGACGAAACAACGCAUCAUCUAUGGCUUUUCGUUGAGUUACCGAAUUAUGUGUCGUUUCAAUUCUGGCUUCUUUUACCGAAAUUCUGCUCUUAAAGAUUACGACUAUUAUUGGCGCGUAGAACCAGGCGUUAUUUAUUCUUGCGAUGUUCCUUAUGAUCCUUUUCGUUUGCUUCGUGACAAAAAGAAAGCUUAUGGAUUUGUAGUUACUUUACCUGAAUACCCGGAAACCAUUCGUACUCUAUGGAAUACAACCAGAGACUUUGUCAAAAAAAAUCCGCAUUACCUUGCCCCAGAUAAUUCUUUAGACUUUAUCGUAGAUGAUGAAAAAGGUUUAGAUGGUGAAUAUAACGGUUGCCAUUUUUGGAGCAAUUUUGAAAUUGCUGACUUAAACUUCUUUAGAAGCGAUGCCUACACCGAUUACUUCGAGUACUUAGAUCAGCAUUUUGGGUUCUUUUACGAGCGUUGGGGCGAUGCUCCUAUUCAUAGCAUUGCUGCUUCUUUAUUCCUUAAUAAAUCACAAAUUCACUAUUUUGAAGAUUUCGGAUACUAUCAUCUGCCUUGGAGUCAUUGCCCUUCGGAUUACCUACUCCAUGCUAAUGGUAGAUGCAUUUGCGAUCCUGCCAAUACUGUUGAACUUGAGUAUGAAUUUUGUUAUCCCAGAUGGUAUUACAAUAUGCGUGCUCCGGACCACAAACUUGAAAGCAAGGUUUAGACACUAUCUUUUACAGUUUCUUUCAUCAUGACUUUUUAUAAGUAUUCAUUUCAUUAAAUUAAGAAAAUUAGACAGCCCUUAGCAUAGUGGAAACAAUUCUCCAGCAA